GCAGCUUAUGGAAGGUGGCACGUUAUAAAGAGCAGUGUGUCGGCGGUCACUAUGUAGAGCGGCUCUUGCUGGGAACAUAACGUUUUUUUUUCUAGGGGUUCCUGAGAGGAGGGAGAAACACAGAAGCAGUUUCUAACUAGUGGGGGAGGGGGCAACUUUCAAGAGCUGCAAACAUGAAUGGAACAGAAGGCCCCAACUUUUAUAUCCCCAUGUCUAACAAGACUGGGGUAGUACGAAGCCCCUACGAAUACCCUCAGUAUUACCUAGCAGAGCCAUGGAAGUAUUCUUUAUUGGCCGCCUACAUGUUCAUGCUUAUCCUCCUCGGGCUCCCAAUCAACUUCAUGACCCUGUAUGUCACCAUCCAGCACAAGAAGCUCCGAACACCCUUAAACUACAUCCUACUGAACUUGGCGUUUGCCAACCACUUUAUGGUCCUGUGUGGAUUCACCAUCACGCUGUACACCUCCCUCCAUGGAUACUUCGUGUUCGGACCGAAUGGAUGCUACUUUGAAGGCUUCUUCGCUACUUUUGGUGGUGAAAUGGCCCUUUGGUCCCUGGUGGUGUUGGCCGUUGAGCGAUACCUUGUGGUCUGCAAACCUAUGAGCAAUUUCCGAUUUGGUGAAAACCAUGCCUUUAUGGGUGUGGCAUUCACCUGGCUCAUGGCCCUGUCUUGCUGUGGUCCUCCUCUCUUCGGCUGGUCCAGAUACAUCCCUGAAGGAAUGCAGUGCUCAUGUGGAGUUGACUACUACACUCUGAAGCCUGAGGUUAACAAUGAGUCCUUUGUCGUCUACAUGUUCAUUGUUCAUUUCACCAUCCCUCUGAUUAUCAUUUUCUUCUGCUACGGACGUCUGGUGUGCACUGUGAAAGAGGCUGCAGCCCAGCAGCAGGAGUCAGCCACCACCCAAAAGGCUGAGAAAGAAGUCACCCGCAUGGUCGUCAUUAUGGUAGUUUUCUUCUGUAUUUGUUGGUUCCCCUAUGCUUUUGUGGCAUUCUACAUCUUCACCCACCAAGGCUCAGAAUUCGGCCCGAUCUUCAUGACUGUGCCAGCUUUCUUUGCCAAGAGCUCUGCCAUCUACAACCCUGUCAUCUACAUUAUGCUGAACAAACAAUUCCGUAACUGCAUGAUCACCACCCUGUGCUGUGGGAAGAAUCCCUUUGGAGAUGAAGAUGCCUCCUCUGCUGCCACCUCUAAGACAGAAGCCACCUCUGUCUCUACCAGCCAGGUUUCUCCUGCAUAAGCUCAUCGUCCGAGCCUGUGUCAGGGUGCGCUGCCUCACUCAGCUACCGCUACCCCAUCUCCGCCUCCUCCUUGUUAAGGCAAAGAAUGCCGCCAUGUCCCCCUUUAAGUACCUAAAACGUAUUUUGCCCAGAAGGGGUAAAAGCCUCUCCCCACCCCUUUGCUGCUGAAAAGGACUGCAUUAAGUUGCUUUGCAAUGCGAUGGGGCCGUUACAGCAGCGAAGGGGUACGUGUCACCAACCAAACAAGGCAAGAAAUUUGGUCCGAAUUGUAAAUAUCUCAGGGCCGAGAGAUCCUGCUUCGCCUUCUGAACACAAAAUUAAAAAAAACAAGAGACUUGAAGCACCAUGGGUCCUAGAAUCGGCAGCUCUUGGGUGUUGACACCAUGGCGCAAAGCAGCGUCUGGCCAGUUCAUCUUGCUAAAUUAUUAUUUGUAAUUCAACGGAGGGUUUUUUUUUUUUUUUUUUUGUAAUAAGAUAUAAAAUUUCCAGUUUUCUGAUUGUUUUUUUUUUCUCUUUCUUUUGGUUAACGUCUGAUAGUGAGGUUAGACAGACCCUCUACAGCUGUAAUAACGAGCACUUUGCAAGUAAAAAAAAUACAAAAAAAAUAUAUAUAUAUUUUCAACUGUCUUCUUAUUUAAUUCACGUCUUCAGCCCAAACUCUACGAACCGUAUACUGACCAGAAAGAGCUGCG